UGUUUUUCUAUAAAGAAAAAUGAUGAAAGUCCGAAAUGUUCAAACACAAAAGUUUUGUCCGCCUUAUCAUACGUUAUUUCUAAUCUUAUUCCUUCAACAAAAUACUUUGUGACAGUCUCGGCUGGUACAAAAAUUGGUUUUGGAAACAAAAGCUCAGAAAUAAGUGAAAUAACAAAUGGAGAGCCUGUGAACCCUGUUGUAAUGUCCCACAUUGAUCUUGGUUUAACGAUACCUAAGGCAGCGCCCUAUAUAAGAGAAGUACUGAUUAUUGUUCAAAGAGCCACGUCAAGUAGGCAAACACCAAGUGAAGACAUAAAAACAAGUAAACUCAGACCAUACCAAUCAAACACUCAAGAUCCUUACAUCACUGCUUAUUUGAGAGCAGACGUUCGCCCUUUGUCGUUCGUGAUCGGUGAUGGCAAGGAAUACAAGUAUGAAAAUGUAACAUACGUUAACCAACCUCUUCAACCAAACACAAGUUACAACGUGUUCCUGAGAUUCUUUGAAAGCCAGAAUUCCUACUACUCCACAGGAUGGAGCAAAAGUAUAAAGACGAAGGUAACCCCAGGACCCAGUGGACCUCCACUGGAUGUUUCUUUGAAAUCUCGUGGUAAAUACGCAUUAGAAGUAUCGUGGGAGGCUCCUGAAAAAAGUUCAACAACUGGAGAAUUAACUGGAUACCAAGUUUGCUUUUAUACCAACGAGACUCCUUCAGAAUGCAUUGUGCUAAAAAACCCGAAUGUGCUUGCACUUACUCUGAAAAACCUUCAGCCUUCUACGAAGUACUUUGUGACAGUCGCAGCGAGCACAAAAGCUGGUUACGGAGCGAAAAGCUCGGUAGUCAGUAAAAUAACCAAUGGAGAGCCUUUGAAUCCACUCGCAACUUCCUAUUACACUCUCAUCUUAAACAUCCCCAAACCAGCAAACUAUAUUCGGCAAGUGAUGGUGAUCGUUCAAAAAGCCGUGAGCAGUUCACUACAAAGCGAAAAUAUUGAAACCAGUAAACUCAUGGCAUAUCAGACGAACACUCAAUAUCCUUAUGUCACUGCAUAUUUAAGUACUGAUGAUCUUCCUUUGAUGUUCGUCAUCGGCGAUGGCAAAGAAUAUAAUUUUAAAACAGAGAAAUACUUCAACCAACCUUUGACAACCAAUUCAAGUUAUAUCGUGUUUUUGAGAAAUUUUGAGAGUCAGGAUUCGUACUACUCGACGGAAUGGAGCAGCAGUUUUAAAACUAUAGAAGAAGCACCUGCAGUUUCUUUGAAAAGUAACAAUUCUAAACAAUCCGACGAAGACAAAACGCGCAUGGGUCUUCUU